GAGAGAAUGUUGUUAGUAUAGACUAUAAUCAUCCAUCCUCAUAACACUGAAUCUGUCUGCAGCUUUCAUCGCCCUUCAGCAGCAGAUCCUCUGGACACGGUGAAGCACAGAACGCACUCCUCUGGAUGUAGGUGUCUACAGGUGUUUUCACACCCAGCUCGCCUGAGCCUCCGGACGCUCUCGGAGCUCGUAUACGUGAACAAACCAAGCGAUCUCAGACCCUCUAAAAGAGCCGAGACGCGACUGUCAUCAGACCACUGUACGGUUCGUCUGUGCUUCAGUUUCCUCGUGAUUUGUGAAAGCAAUGAGGUCUCGGUAUGUUUUCUAUGCACCAACAUAACAGCAAUGCUUGAGGUUUAACUAAGCAGUUUAUUAUUUGUAAAUGUUUUUUUAUGUUUAGUUUAUUAUUAUGAUCAUUAUUAUUUUAUUAUUUACCAACGUAAUUUCAGAUGUUUUAGACUCUUGUUACAUUUCUCAAAAAUAAAUAAAUAAAUAAAUGAAUAAACAAACUGUUAAUUCUAACAAUACAAAAUAAUUAUGUUGUCAUUUAUGUAAUCUACGGCUAGCUGUGCAGUAAAUGAUUUUAAUGAAUGACGUGAAGGCAAAGAAGCACCCGACACGCAGCUGAGAUCUAGCAUUCUGCCCGCUUUAAAUCAGACACAGAGAUGAAGUACUGCGGUAUGAUCACAUUUAUUUGAAUGCAAGAAUUAAAGCAUUGAUUUAGAUUAAUUAUUGAGAGAGAGAGAGAGAGAGAGAGAGGUGCAUAUGUGAAUUGUGUCUGUGCGUCUCACUCUGCAAACAGUGAAACUGGGAGUUUGGUUUCUGUGCAUGUGCAGUGUGAUCUCCGAUCUGUGUGUGUGUGUGUGUCUCAAUGAAAGCAGCGCUUUUAUGAAGAAUGGUGAUUAAACUGACUAUGAAUUACCUGUGCAUUAAACGGUUUUAAUGCAUACCUGCCAGCCAAUCAGAACUGGGUUUUCAGACAGACCAUGGUAUAAUAUUACAGAAUUCUUUAAAAAAUAAAACAAUAAUUACUAAAACUGAACAAUGCAACUUACUGUGAAUAAAAAAAAGGAGCAAAGAAACGUAAUACUAUCUUAUCUGAGAAAAAAAGAAGGUUGAAAUAACUUUAUACAUAAUGUUCCCUUUUAAGUUUAAAUCUGACUGAAAUGCAUUGAUAAAGCUCUGUGAAUGUCUUGACCGGAGAUGUGGUCAGGGAUUGCUAGCUCUUCCAGUCGGUCAGAGAGCUGGGAUCCGAGUUCUUAUGAAGUGAACAAGAAAGGGUUUGAGAUCACUUCAGUGCUCAAGAGGACCAAACAAAGGACCAGGUUCUCUUUUGAGUCCUUUAUACUGUUAACACCAAAAAGACUGCGGUCACUUUACGUGAAAUGGGUUUGGAUCUUUUCAAACGAACUAUAUGAGAAAACACCCAGAGUCACCCGUGACUGUACUGUACAUCUAAAAAAACUAUAACAGUAACCACAAACAACUUUGCUGUCAAUAAUAAUCCAAAUUUAGACAAUUUACAGUUCCAUGGCAACUUUUCUUUACAAAUUUAGAUAAUUAUUUCAGUUUAUUAAAAACAACUCUAGAAUAUAUCAGCCUAUAAAGAGAGACUAAAGAUUAUUUUCAUGAUUGUAUUAAGAAACUUUGAGACUGUACCAAAGACGUUUAUCCAAAGCAGCUUACGUUGCAUUUGAGGAAUAUGUUUUUAUCAGUUCAUGCAUUCUCUGGGACUGGAACCCAUGACCUUGGAUUUGCUAUCAGCUGUGCUGCUUGAGAUACAGGAACAGCACAAUAACACUCAGGUUCACUAUCUUAAAUCAGGGACUCUGGUCAAUCUUUAGCCAGUCUUUUUAUUACAGAGAGCAAAGGUUUGUCUCGGUCUGAGCUCUUUUAAGCAUGACUUAACAGACGAUUACACAGCACUCAAGGGACUUGGUUUGUCUGGUCGACGCAGUGCUGUUAUCACAGCUAACACAGAUCAUGGCCGGGACACAGAUGCAUGCGGUGUGGGUCGCAGCGGUUCUGAUGAGCUCAGGUGUGAUCGCACAGCAGGUGGACAUGAGCAACGCAUCUCUGACAGAGAUUCCUGAAGAUACACCUACAAACAUCACCGAGUGGAUCCUGAGCAACAACUCACUUGUGAUGUCCGCCUCGGAUAUAACCACCUUACAGAAACAUCGCAGGAUUACUGAGCUAGACCUUUCUUAUAACCACAUACAGAUGCUGCCUCCUGGAGCCUUUGACGAGCUCACAGACCUAAAGACUCUUAAACUGAGGGGUAACAGCUUGCAGACCCUUGACAGAGACAUCUUCAAAGGACUGACAAACCUGAGGAGCCUGGAUCUGCAGGACAACCCAUGGAACUGCUCCUGUUCGCUCUCAAGCCUCAUCAAAGAGCUGACCGACUCCGGCGUAUCGAUAGGGAAAGAAGUCACUUGUUACACCCCCCAGAAAACAGCUGUGCUUGAUGGAAACCAUUCCUGCUCAAUGCAAGCCACAAGCGUCAAACCAUCUGUGGAGAAAUCUACAGCUACCACCAGAUCAACACCGACCCCUCCGUCCACCACAGAGUCCAGCGACAGCAGUCACGUCAACGGCUCCAGCAAAGGGCUGAAGGCGAGUGACGGUGAGACACAGACAGGAAGUCACAGCUGGAAGUUCCUGCUCGGAGUCGUGGCUCUAACCCUCAGCACUUCCAUGCUCAUUGUGUGCGCCGUCAAAUCCCCCUCGUGGUACAAGCUUCUGUUUAAUUACCGGCACCAGAGGCUCCGUGAGGACGUGGAGCACAGCGUCUUCAAUACCGGCCGCUUUUCCAACUUCAGUCUGGACACACAGCAGACGGACACGAGCGCUCAGGAGCUGGACACGGGACUGAGCCUGCAGCCCUUCGAGGAGGAUGAUGACGGCUUUAUAGAGGACGGCUACAUUGAGCCGGGGAGCUACAGAGAGCGCACGGAUGCUGACGAGUCAUGAGCGCGAUCUGGGCCGAAAGAAGCUACGAGCUCUUGCAUUAAACUGUGAGGAUCCUUUCAUUCCAGUGCAGUAGUGCAAUAUAUAAAAGCCUUUAAAAUACGAAACCCAAAGAUCACUGAACUGGAAUUGCAAACGCAUGUAUCUCAGCAGGUUAAACAAUUGUGUGUAAAACUUGUCUGUCACAGCACUUUAUCAUAAAGUAAUUCAAAUUUUA